AUGGAAGAACAUCUACAACAUUUGUCUAUCAUGUUUGAGAUUUUGCGUCAACAUCAAUUAUCUGUCAAGGAAUCUAAGUGCACUUUUGCACAACCAACAGUUGGUUAUCUAGGCCAUGUCGUUUCUUCUGAAGGUGUAGCAGUAGAAAAUGAUAAGGUAAAGAGUGUUCUUGACUGGCAAAUUCCAACAACAGUUAAAAGCUUGAGAGGAUUUCUUGGCUUGGCAGGAUAUUAUCGUAAGUUUGUCAAAGAUUUUGGCAAGAUCAGCGCCCCAUUAACUAAAUUGUUAAAAAAAGACUUAUUUGUGUGGAAUGAUGCAGCUACUGUUUCUUUUCGAGCACUACAACAAGCUCUUACUACUACUCCAGUUUUAAUUUUACCUGAUUUCUCAAAAGACUUCUAUUUAGAAUGUGAUGCUUCUGGUAAUGGUUUGGGAGCUGUUUUGAUGCAGUCUGGCAGACCAAUUGCGUAUUAUAGUAAAGGAUUGACAGGCUUUCAAUCAUAUACUAUCUCUACUCCAAUCUUCUCUGGUGUCACUGAAAUUAUUCAGGAAAGCAAUGAUGAUCCUUCAUUGGGUAAACUCAUUGAGUUACUGCGUCAUAAUCCUACAUGUAAACCACAUUAUUCUUACAAUGAUGGUAUUUUGCGUUACAAAGGAAGGAUUGUAGUCUCUCCUACUUCUACAUGGUGCACUAAACUUUUACAUGAGUUUCAUUCUACUCCAUUGGGUGGACAUUCUGGAUAUUUUCGAACCUACAAACGCACUCAACAGAAUUUUUAUUGGAAGGGUUUGAAGCAUUCUGUCAAAGACUUUAUUUCUCAUUGCGAUAUUUGUCAGAAGAACAAAUCUGAAUCUGUAGCUCCUCCAGGAUUAUUACAACCUUUACCCAUACCUGAUGACGUUUGGAUGGAUAUAUCAAUGGAUUUUAUUGAUGGUUUCCCAACUUAUUAUCGAAAAGCUUCAAUUCUGGUGGUUGUUGAUAGAUUGUCCAAAUAUGCACACUUUAUAGCUCUUAUGCACCCAUAUUCUGCUGCUACUAUUGCUGAGAUAUUUGUUGGUGAAAUUGUGCGCCUUCAUGGCAUGCCAAGAACCAUCAUAAGUGACCGUGAUCCAACCUUCAUGAGCAAUUUUUGGGAAGCAUAUUUUGCUUUACAAAACACACAGUUAUGCCGCAGUUCAGCUUAUCAUCCACAAACUGAUGGACAAACAGAGAAUGGUGGUAUUAUACCAGCCAUCACUCAGCUAUUAAUAUGUCACCUUAUGAAGCCUUAUACACUUGAGCUCCACCAACGAGCUGUUCAUGCUGUUGAUCUUAAUUUACGAGCUAGAGAUCAGAUACUCAAACUUCUUAAGUUCCAUCUUCAGGCUUCCCAAGCUAGAAUGAAAUAUUUUUUUGACAAACAUCGUACUGAAAGAAGUUUUGCAGUGAAUGACUGGAGAGUGGGAGAAGUUGCAUACAAGUUACAGUUGCCUCUUGAAAGACGUAUUCAUCCAGUUUUUCAUGUUUCACAACUGAAGUUAAAACUUGGAUCUGCUGUAACUACUGAGGCAGUUUUGCCUGUGGUUGUUGAUUAUGAGAAAUGGGAACCUGAAACUAUUCUAGAAAGGAAGAUGUUCAAGAAAGGAAAUCAAGCUGGUACUAAAUGGAUCAUCCACUGGAAAGAUCAUUCAAAGGAAGAUGCAACAUGGGAAGAUGCACAUGAGAUACUUUUACGUUUUCCAGGAAUUGAGGCUUGA